GCCGUAAGUAGUAAUAGAUAUGUGUGGGCUUUGGGAAUCCGGGCAUACUGAGAACGGUGAAAAGAUUGGGGAACUGAGACGGCGGAGUCAAGUUAUUUCGGUAUGCGGCAGUGGUGGAGGAGCUCCAGAAUGUGAGAGCUCUGAAAAAAGCAAAGAGCCCCAAGAGUUGCCCUAAUAUCACAAAAUUUAAAGCGUUCCCACAAGGGCGGGCCUCCCCAAAGGAGUCCCCCAGAAAUCAGCCCUUCAGAGAUCAGUCUUGCUCUGCCGGCUGCUGCAGAAUGUCCCUCCUCCCGCCCUACUCCUUUCCCAUCUACCACCCUUCUUUCUCUAAAUUCUGCACGCACUGAAUCCUCCCCCCUCACUUCCUUGCUAAAAAUACCUUUCUGUGGGUUGCUGCAGAGUCGGUGAGAGCUGGGAACAGAGAGGGGGAACAGAGAGAUUGAAGAUCAGGGAACCAGGACUCCCGGGUUCCCAGUCUCUUUCCCACUGCUCUCUUGCUUUUUCUGGACAUGUAUAAAGGACUAUUCUAAGGCCAAGAGUGUUCCUACUAUUCUCCUUCUCUAUGAAUGAUGACUAGAGAGCUUAGAUUGAAACUGGAAGUUAGACCCAAGAAUUACUUGUCUGGGGAGUGAGAAUGGUAGUGGACUCCUAAGGGUGAAAUCGGGCUGGGAAAUGACUCCUCUUCUCUAACAUCCAGUCCUUUGAAUGUCUGGUUUUUGGUUUUUUGUUUUUCUUGAUAUCACUACCAGCCCCCUCCCCCAGUUGCUCUAGGGACCAUGUGAAUCUCUCCAAGUCCCAUAGAUCUUCCACAAAUCCCCCAUUUUCCAUGCUACCUCCCAGCUGGACACAUACUUAUUCCCAAACAGCACAGAUGGGAGUCAUGGUAACCAUGGAGACAGGGCAGGUGGCAGAAAGAGACAGACAGUGACAGAGACUGACAUAGAGAGACAGAGACAGAGGGAGAGAUAGAGAGGAGGAAAAAAAGGUAAAGGGAGAUGGCCAGGAAGAUUGACAAAGUACAAAGGAGGAAGAAGUACAGAAUCAGAGAUAAAAACCUUUUAAUACAGACUGCUUUCAGCCUCUCCCUGUUUGCCUCACUGCCUCCUCCUCCCCACCCCCCACCCCGAGAUAGAAUAAGAGGAAACGAAUGAAAGAUUUACUUUAUUGUGUCCAAAAAACAACCAUCGUCCACACCUACCUUCCCUAGUUCUAGCUAAUAGACCAACCCGGAAGUGCUGAGUUUCGUAUCUCUGUAACUUUGUGCCCUGUUUAGGAAGGAAAGGCUUAUACCAGAGCUCUGUGCUGGGGUCUUUUAUAGGCCACAUUAUGUGGCCUUAAUGUACACAUUAAGCAGGGUACUUGGUCUCUUUUCUCAUAGAACUUGGAUUUAUGAUGUCUGGGUCGAAGAACCUUUGAGAGUGUGAUUGUGUCAUGUGUGACUUGUCAGAUAUAGCCCACAGCCACAACAUGUCAAGUCCUGGAAAUUGGUAGCUGGGGAAGCCUAGCUAGAAUCUGUGCAGGCAGCCCUAAUGGGGCUAGGGAGAGAUGAGAUACCCAACUUGGGACUGGAUUCUACAAAUAGCUAGGUUUAAAUGGCUAAGAUAUGCUUAGAAAACCUGGGGCAGUGGGUUUUGUUUUCUGGGGUUUUUAUGGGGGAUUGGGAAAGGAGCAGAUUUGGUGCCUGCCACCCCCACCCGCAGAGACUCGUCUAUAAAUAGCUCCGCCGAGCUCCGCCUCCCCCCCCACCCCCAGCCGGCUCUGCGCCCGGGGCGCACGGGAGGAGGGAUCUGGAGCAGGGGAACCUAGGUUCGAGCACAGAUACAGUGGGGGCCACAGCGGCCCACCCUCACCAUGUGGGUGCUUAAGGACCCGGCUUCUUCACCCACACUGCACCCUGGUCCGGGUCCCAGCCCAGGCCCUGGCCGGGAGGAGAUCCUGCGGACAUACAGGGAGCACCGUAGCUGCUGAGCCUCAGUUCUCCUCUAGGCACUGUCCCCAUCCUUGUCCCGCAUCUCCCUCUCCACCUCUUCUGGUAGUUUCAGCCGCUGCCUUUCUCCCACCUACCACCUUGGCCAUGCUGCACGCCGAGGGGCACGCUCUCCUACGGGCAGUGGGGCAGGGGAAGCUGCGCUUGACUCGGUUGCUCUUAGAGGGAGGUGCUUACGUGAAUGAGGGCGACGCGCAGGGGGAGACUGCACUGAUGGCUGCCUGUCGGGCCCGCUACGACGACCCUGAGAACCGGGCCCGCAUGGUACGCUACCUCCUGGAGCAGGGCGCUGACCCCAACAUAGCCGACCGGCUGGGGCGCACGGCUCUCAUGCACGCCUGCGCCGGAGGUGGAGGAGCUGCAGUAGCUACCCUUCUCCUAGCCCACGGCGCGGACCCGUCGGCCCGCGACCACGCUGGCGCCUCAGCUCUAGUCCACGCAUUGGACCGCGGUGAUCGCGAGACCCUCUCAGCCUUGCUGGAAGCCUGCAAAGCCAAGGGCACAGAAGUCAUCAUCAUCACUACCGACACUUCGCCCUCGGGCACCAAGAAGACCCGGCAGUAUCUCAAUUCUCCUCCCUCCCCGGGGGUCGAAGACCCGCCCACCCCAGUCCCAACCCCGGGGGUUUGCAUGUCGCCUUCGGAAAUCCAACUGCAGACUGGAGGGGGAGGAAAAGGAGUGCUGUCUCCCCGGGCCCAAGAGGAGGAGGAGAAGCGAGACGUGUUCGAAUUCCCCCUCCCUAAGCCCCCAGACGACCCAGCUUCUUCUGAACCCCUCCCCAAACCGCCCCGCCACCCUCCACCUAAACCACUCAAGAGGCUCAACUCCGAGCCUUGGGGACUAGUCGCCCCUCAACCGCUCCCGCCAGCCGAGGGGCGACCAGCGACUGACCGAUUGAUUGCCGAAUUUAACGGCCUGGCGCUGACUAGUCGACCUCGGCUCUCUCGGCGCCACAGCACCGAGGGGCCUGAGGAACCACCCCCAUGGGCUGAAAAAGUCAUAGGUGGAGGGGCCCUUUCCCGGCGCAAUACGGCGCCAGAGGCCCAGGAAUCGGUUCCCCUGCCCGGGCUGAAGCAGAAGCUGAGCCGUAUGGAGCCGGUGGAGCUAGACGGCCCCAGUCACCUAUGCACUGACUCUGUGGACUCCAGUCGCUUGUCUCAUGAGCGCCGCCGGUACAGUGCUUCCCCACUCACCCUCCCUCAGGCCAGCUCAGUUACUUCACCUGGUCAGUCUCAAGAGAGCCUUCCGGGGGCAGUGUCUCCUCUGAGUGGGCGGAGACGGAGUCCUGGGCUGCUGGAACGGAGGGGCUCUGGGACGUUGCUCCUGGACCACAUCUCCCAUACCCGGCCAGGCUUCCUGCCACCACUCAAUGUCAGUCCCCACCCUCCCAUCCCAGACAUUCGACCUCUGCCAGGGUGUCGGGCUCCAUCCCUCCCUGCUCCCCAUCAUUCCGGGGGCCUUGGGUCUCCCAGGGCCAAGCGGAAAUUAGUGAGACGGCACUCCAUGCAGACAGAGCAGAUAAGACAGCUAGGGGGGUUCCAGAGUCUAGGGGGAGCAGGAGAACAAGGGCGUUGAGAGGUUAAGAGGAGGUUGGAAUGGUGUGGACAAGGCUAUGGCAGGGCACGUGAGGCCACCAGCUCAUAUACACCAUGCACAUACAUUAGAGGCCACUUGUAUUUUGCUCAUAGGCACUGCAUAGUGCACUCUUCGAAGAGAUUCACAUGUUCACGGGCACAGAGCACUUAACCUGAAAGGUCACCAGGCUUCUCACAUGUACUGGGCGGUCACGCAUAUAUAGGGGUCGUGUGUGUGACUGAUGCAACCGUGCACUUGCAUGUGGGAUCAGCGGGAACUCACAGGCACUAUGCACUUGCAUGCACCAUAAGGUCAAAGGUGCUCAUUGGCACAAGGGCCCCCGAACAUAUUUGCACUUGUUCACUGGCAGUGAGAUUACCUGCUAAUGACUAGAGCCUAACCUAACACCCUUCCCCCCCAAAAAAAACCCUCCACCAAUCCUUUACCUUCCUGUGCUUGCAAUUAUUUAUUUCUAUUUAUUAAGUACAGUGGCACAUGCUCUAUAAUGUAUUAUUUACACACCCAAUCCCAGGGGAAAUGUCUUGACUCUUUUGGGAUCCCCUUUAACCCACUUACUAGACUGGGUUCUCUGAUCCUCUGCUCUCCCUCCCCGACUUCCAUACCCCACACAACUCGGGAAAAUGUUGCUUUCCAGGCCCUGAGUUCUCCGUCUGAGAGGGAACCUCUUGGCACCCAGCUCUGCCACUCCCCUCACUGCUCCCUCAACUCUUCCGUCCUUGCCUCCAAUAGAUCAGAUACUCCCUUACCCCAAAUCAAUUCAUUAUAUCAGGUUGUCUUGUCUUCCCAGGAGAAGUGGGGCAUGCAGUCCAAACUGCUCUUUCAUGUGAGCUUCUGUCCUCCCCAAGGCAGAGGAGGGCAGAGAUCUGAAUCCCCCUCUUGACAUAUCAAAAUAAAGGUGUUCAGAAGUUUCAA